GCAAAGUUAGUUAAGAUCUUAAAAUAGCAAAGAAUCUUCUAAUGUGUGGAAAUUCCAUAAGACCGGGGGCAAGUUCUAUUAGGAACAAGGCUAUUAGAAGCACCAUCUGUGCGGAAGAAACGAUUUUCUCGAGUUCUUCAGUUGCAGUUAGACCAUCCUUUGACUAUCCUGUUGUCUAGUUCUUCCUCCAAGUUUGUUCAGUCGUUUCUCUUGUAACUUCUAGUACCUCAGCUUCCUCCAUUGUUGUCUAGUCCUAACCUAAGCAAGUCUUCAGUUUUUCUGAAAUUUCUGGGAGUUUUGACCGGAUUCUUUGAUCUUGCGCUUGUUGGCCACUUGAGCUAUCUUCCUGUACCAUCUUGUUGACUGGUCUGAGAUUCUUCCGUUGGGCUAUCUUCCAUGAGUCUACUACCUCAAAGUAUCUCUUUGAAAUCAAGAAUCCUUCUGAAAUCUUCGGUGUUUGGCGCUCCAAGCCCUUCGCUUGACGCUGAAACAUAACAUGUACUUACGUUGCCAAUGAAGUUGGGAGCUUCUAUGAGCUAGAGCAUCUUCAGGCUGUUCUCGUACAUCUCUGUAGGUCUCACUUGUCUGAAUUCCUGUCAAUUCCUGUUCCUGAGCUUGUUUCCUUGACCUAUGACCUCCUGUUCCCUUUCAUGGCUAAUUCUCGGUCUCUGGCAUGGCCUUGGGCUUGAUCCUUGGUGAACUGUGGACUGUGCAUCUCCUUGGUCUUUUCCUUAAUUUCGCUUGCCUCCUGAAGAAGUCCUGGACUUUUUUGGGUUCUUGGCUUCGGUCUUCUUUCUUCUGAAGUUGUCUGCAUGGGCAAUCCUGAGCAUCAGCUCGAGGAAUCUUCAAAGUGUGACUACAUCUUUGUCCUAUUGCCCUUAUUAAAAAAUUAUAAUUUCGAUCUUUG